AGGACGAAAGCGCAGGCAUGGUUGAGCGGAUGUUGUAAGAGGUCAUGCCUCUCUAGUUUGUGUGCAGUUUUUUCUCACAUAUAAGUGUACACAUCAAAGAGCACAAUGGCGUCGUGGAGCUGUCGGUUUCUUCUUCAGCGGGGAAGUCGAGUCCUUUCUCUCCGGGCAGCAGCUGAAAGUCCUGCCCAUGUCGUGAGUUGCACUAGGACAGUAAACACCACAACGUGGUUUGAUGAACAUCUCACAGAGGACAACCAGGAGUACAUGAGAAAGAGCAUGGCUCAGGAAUACAGGAGACAAACCGCUGAUAAGCUCAACCCACUCAAAGAUGAACCCUGGCAGCGUCAUGAUUGGACAAAUGGUAGUCGACGAGUGGGUCUAGUAGCCGUGAAGUUGGGGAUGGCUCCAAUCUGGACAAAAGCAGGCGAAAGACAUGUCGUCACCAUGUUACAGGUGCAGGACUGCCAUGUAAUAAGACACCUCUCCAAGGAGGAAUUUAAUGGACACACCGCGGCCCUCGUUGUAGGAGGGAAAAACGUAUCACCAUUCCAUCGGUCGGAAGAGCAAAUGGAGAUGUUCAGGAAUGCGGGCGUGCCUCCGAAACAUAAGGUCACCACCUUCAAAGUCUCGGACAACGCUGUCAUCAAGCCAGGCACUCCUCUUUAUGCGGCACAUUUCCGUCCUGGCCAAUAUGUGGACGUCACAGCCAAAUCCAUUGGGAAGGGUUUUCAAGGCGUGAUGAAGCGAUAUGGGUUCAAAGGUCAGCCAGCCACCCACGGACAAACCAAAACUCAUCGAAGGCCAGGAGCUUCUGGCCCUGGAGGGGAUCCAGCCAAAGUCUUCAAAGGCAAAAAGAUGCCUGGCAUGAUGGGCAACAUCUUUGUCACAGCUUAUGGACUGAAGAUAUGGAGGGUCAAUACCAAGUAUAAUGUGCUGUAUGUUCACGGCUCUGUCCCCGGCCACAGGAACUGCACUUUGAAGAUCAAAGAUACUUCCCUGCCAACCAGGAGCUCCAGCCUGCUCAGCCCUCCUUUCCCUACUUAUUUCACAGAAGAGGAAGGCGAUCUGGAUGAAGACCUGUACGACGAUAACUUGUUUGUUCACACAGACCCAUCAUUAACACUGACCUGAUCGCCCCCCCCACACACACACACACUCGCACACACAUCUUGUUUUCAUCUAAAACCACACACCAUGUCUGGAUCUUGUAAUAAAGAGUAAUUGCUUUGAA